UACAAAAGAGCACGUGUUGGUUGUCGCACGCUCAGUCCGCGUAGAUAGUCUCUGCCCACGACAGGCAGCGCAACUGCACGUAGUUUGGGCGAGUCCUAUCGCCAAAGCUUCUAGCACGUCGGAAAACCUUCAUAAAACUGUUAAUCUUUCUUCUUUUCUGUCAGUCUCUCCAUCUUGUAAGCUCGACUACAAUAGUAAUUGCUUUAGCCUACAUUGUACAACGCUGGCUCGACGACAGUGUAAGUAAUUGGCAAAUGAUGGCGGAAUUGGAAGUUCUGAACUGCACGUACUGUGAGGAGCCACAGCAAGGGGCUCAAAGGGUGAUACUCCCCAUCAUCAUGGUGUUGAUCGCUGCGGUUGGGAUAACCGGCAACUCCCUAGUCCUCUUCAUCAUCUUAGGCCACCGCGACAUGAGAACUGUCACCAACAGUUUUGUUGCCAGCCUGGCGCUGACCGACAUCGCCAUACUGGUCAUUUGUGUUAUCCCGACUGCCGUUGUCUACGUGACAAACACAUGGAAGCUGGGCGAAUUUUUGUGCCGCGCGGCCAGCUAUACACAGGCAGUCACUGUGCAGGCCACAUGUUUCACACUGACAGCCAUGACAGUGGACCGUUACUAUCUGAUUGUGCAUGCCGUGAGGUCCCGCAACACGAGAACAGUGACGAAAGCUGUGAUUAUCAACGUUUUUAUUUGGAUAGUCUCAUCCUUGAUCCACCUUGCAUCAUUUAUCUAUGUUCACCUAACCGAGGAUGGCACGUGCAAGAGUGAUUUCCCGAAUGCCCAGGUCAGUGACAAAGUCUACGGUCUGUUCUCCUUCCUCGGAAUGUACAUCGUGCCACUGAUUUGUAUAAUGUUCUGCUACACACAAAUCCUGAUUCAGAUCUGGCGGAAGACCUCGGGUGGGACUGAAAGUGCGCAGGCCCACACGCGAGCACUCCGAAGAAAGAGGAAAAUUACCCGCAUGGUGUUCAUCGUCGUGGUAUUGUUUGCCUUCUGCUGGGCACCAAUUCAAAUAUUCACCGUCUGGUCAAGAUUCAGCCUAUCCGACUCCGAUGAAAGCAAAGACCUUACGGUUGUCCAGAAUUUGAAAGUGUCAUUCGUGUGCAUAGCGUACGCCAAUAGCUGUGUUAACCCCUUCGUCUAUGCCUUCACAACGACGAGUUUCAGGAAGUACUUCCGAAAAAUGUUUGCGACCUGUUGCAGGAGCCCGUAUAAAGAGCGCACGAGUAUUAGCAUCAGUAUGACCACUAAAACGGAGCGACUUCCACCGGGAGAGGAGGACUCGUCAAUUUAAGAACCUAUCUGUCGGCAGCUGGUGCCAGCUUAUAUACUGCAUCUUGACAUAGGACCACCAAGACUAAUCAGUGUUAGGCAAACAGGAUCUGCUCACAUUAUUUAUAAAUAAAAAAAAAGUAUUUGCAAACUGGCAAAUUAACACCAGAGAGGGUACUGCAACCCAGUGAAAGUGUUCAUCUGAGGUAGAACUCUACGAGUCAUCAGGCAGUCGUGUUCAGGCUGCACACGGUCAACCUGUAUUUUCGAAAUCUUUCAGAGUUCAACCUGCCUCUGUUUAAAUGAAUGGCGUUUUAAAUGUGCGCUUUAUGCGCUCUAUCACUAAUGCCUACUUUCCCUACAUGAAGCGCGGAUCUAGUUGAGUGUGCUAAAUUUGGUCAAACACACGUCUAAUAUUGUGUAUAAUUUUAAAUAUGUAUGAGCGUAGUACUGGUGUCAUUGAUCAAAGAGUAAGAGUACUUUCUAGAGAAGAGUUUUUUCGACAUCAGAAGUCAAGUCUCAGAGCAUUUUUAUUGUUAAAGAAGUGUUCAGAGACAAGUCAGCCGAACUUCGAAGCUGUCAGUGUCUAUACUCUUGAGUCUUUUCUCUUAUUCAGUUCACAAGCAUGCACGUACGUUCUUUUGAUUGCAUCAGUCGAAUGCAUGACGUACGUGAGUGGAGUAAAUUAUUGUGUAAAACUACCGGGCAUCAUGGGUUAUCUUCUGUGAUAAUGACAAUGUGUAUUAUACCUACACGUACCGGUAUACAGUGUCUUUUUAAGGUAAAGUGGUAAAGUACAUUUCGUCCAAAAUUAAUUAAUUAUGACAGUAAAUUGGGUAAUGUUUUGGUUACGAUUGGUGGAUUCAGCUUUUUGUUUGUUUAAGUUUCUUUUGUUUUGUUUCGUUUGCUCCGUUUCCUUUCGUUGUAUUUUGCUCCUUGUUUGUGUUUCUGAUUUUGUCUGAAAGUUUUUUUCUGUUCUUUCUGUUUCUAACUCUAAGAAAAUGAAGGGAGGAAAAGUGAGAUUUUGUAUAAUUAAAUAGCACAAGGGCAUAGCAUAUGAAACAAAUUGGGAAGUGAAAGUAUUUCAGUGUGUAAUGCUGUAGAAAUUGGACACAAUCAAUUGGCGUAAUAUACUGUAUGUGUACUUUUCAGGUUACUCAUUUAAAAACAAAUUACCAAGAAGUGUUCUUGACUGUUAUUCUCAUAUUUUGUGAAUAUGAACUUAAGGUUGGUGUAAUCUAUACGGACUUAAAUAUAAGCACAGUGUAAAUAACACCGUUGAUUUUGUGGUUCAAGUCUCUGGUUAUUGUCUUCAUCGCUUGUUGGAAAAAGGUUCACUCUCAUGCUUGUAAAUAUUAAUUCCCGAAGGGUUUUCUCUAACUUUGUAAAAAAAAAGAAGAGCGGGACUGACAGACAAACAAAAAAGAGGCCACCAACAAUGCAGAUUUUGUGAAUGAUGUAAUGUGUUCUACUUUUACGAUUGGUGUCCAUUGCUGAGCGACAGUGUGAAUGAAUAGAGAGUGGCAGCUACAAACCCAACUUCUCAGUGUCGUUUAACGUAGCUUCUAGGUCAAUUGAAGAUAUUGGACGAAGGGCACCCCAACACAAACACCUUUAUGUUGGUCACUGUUUGAUCGGAAUCUCAGGAAUUCUUUACAGACAUCUGGCGGAUUUGUUAGGUAAUAAUAAUCUAGGGUGUGUAUAGAUAUUGGACAUGUAGGGUGGUACCCCUCCGUCCCAUACCUUGAUGGGUAUAUUGUUGGUGGGUUAUUAUGUUAUAAUAGCUAAAAGUAAUGUCGUCGAUUUUAUACAAAUGAUAAUUGAUUUAAACAAAGGACCAAUACCUGCCUAAGGGUUCAAAAAUGAUGUUUCUUGUCAGAAUAAAGUGUAAUUAGAGUAAUGAUGACUUUAAACAAAAUCAGACGGGCCGAAGAGAACAUUAACACAAAAUACAAAUCACUGAUAGAAAGCAGAGUUCAGAUGCUGUGCAGUAUAUUUGAAAUAUAAAGGUGUCUGCACGUUUAGCUAUCACGAGUAGGAAGUUGUGUUAACAAUUAACAUCAAUUUAAUUUGUAAUCAUAUCGUUAAUCGGUGUUAAUACUUACCUUUGCUGUCUAUAGCACGGUUUGUGUAGUGGUAUUUGCUGGCACAGUGCUCAUUUUACUUCUUCGUUGAAAGUCAUUAUUACCAUUACAGAAAACGUUUGAAAUUCAGAGAAAUGACGGUAUGUCACUAGCCCGAUUCCACUGAAGGCUUUGGUACCUUUAUUCGAAGGCAACGUACACUGUCGUCUCAUGAAUUUGCCAUUCUUGCCUUUAGAAAAUAUAAAACACGGCAUUGCUAAUGUUUCAUCGAAUCAAUAAAAAUGGAUUGUUAGCCCCAGCGUCUUCCUCAUAAUGGUCAUAAGUUCAACUUCUUGGCCAGCCACUAAGGUAUAGCUUGUCGAAACAAUCAUCUUCUACGAAAGCUGUGAGUGCCGUCAAGUAUAUAUUUUCAAAUAAUAUUUUUUUUUGAAGAUUGUUAUUAUGAAGUGUAUUUUUGAAACUUCGUUUUAACAAGAUAUAUUUUACCAAGCUCGUUUGUUAACUAUAGGCAUAUUUUUUGAGAUAUAUAAGUAGAAGUGUUUUUACUACUUCUGGAAACAAAUCGUUUAACAAGAUAUACUUUUCCAGGCUCGUGUGUAGGAGAUUUUUACAUUAAUUUUUAUUAUUUUUUUAGUUUGUUUUGUGAGAAAUUUGAAAAACAAAUAAAAUCUGACAAUAUAACUGCAUAAUUAUUUUUCUGAAUAAUAACUACAUUCUAACUAAUAACUAAUACAAAAACACAUUUCAAAAAAUAACUCAAUCAAAAAUAAAUCUCGAGAAAAUGAUUUGUUACCAAAAAUAGAAACAAGAUUUCUAAAUAUAUAUCUCAUAACGAACUGGAAAAUAUAUGUCUUGGAACAAACACAUUUUGGGAAAGUAAAUCUUGUAAAAAACUAAGUUGGACCAAACAUAUAUCCUAAAACGUAUUAAAAUGUGCUUCACUUUUUGAAAUAAUGCACUUGAUGGCACUACAAGGCUUGCGUAAUUUCCCAUGUACAUCCUAUUUAUUUCUCUGCUAUCCCAUGUACUCUGGACCAUGCUGGGCAUAUAUAAGUUCAUGAACGAACACAGCAAGCGCAUGGUCACGUCCAAUAUAGGGUAAAUCUAUGCGCUUACAGUUUUGUUAUUAAAGGAAACGUAUAGCGCCAGUGUGUUUAAAAACAAAACAAAACAAAACAAGAAAACCGAAACAACUAAGAAGUCGAGGAAAUGAUCCACUUGUUUAAAGUGUAGCUGCAACAUUUUGUUUCUUAAAUUCUUUUUCUGUAUAAUUUUAUCUCUUCAAUGUGUGAAAAAUAUUUUAAAUUUGGUUUUGAUGAGAUGCAUUAAAAAGUUCUGUUUUCAAGCAUACAAGAUUUCCUCCGAGACAACUGAGGGCGCGGUUGCCGUGAUGUCAUCUAAGGAUGAAAUUGGUCAGGAAAUAAGUUUUCCUGUUAAAGUUUCUUAACGAGGCUUGCUUGCUUGCUGCUUGCUGGCUUAAUUUUAUUAAUUCAUAAUACAAUGAAUACCAAAGAAAUAGAAAUUUAGAGAAGCUUAUUUUUCCCCAAAUGCAACAGUUUUGUGCAUAAACCAGCGCUGCAGAUUUCUUCCUGAGAGGACAUCAUAAUGUUGCUUCCGAUUAUUGAAAUAAUUACUAGCAUAACAAAACAAAAGACAGCCAAAAAAACCCUUUUUAAUAGUGAAGCACACAUUUUGAAAAAGUUAACUGAGAGAGAAGGGUGGAGUUCGAAGGUUUGACUUGCGCUUAUAGGUUAGCACUAUUUUUAACAACCUACUGUCUUAUUCAAAUGAUUCACUAUCUCAAGCGCACGACUUAUUUUCUUUAAAUAAAUCAGCCGCCUUGUUUAAAUGA